CCUCGAUUUGCAUGCCAGCAAAACAAACUCUUUAUAUGAUAUCUUUCUAUAUCUAAUGCUGUUCUGCACAAACACCUUUCACUUCUUUCUUUCCGGUAUUCUUUGCAUAAAUAGAUAGGGGUCUGACACUUUCCUUUUCUUCUGCUGUACCUUUUCUGACAAGGAUUUUCUCUGGUGGAACGUCCCACAACGGUGCUUCUCUAUAUCCUUUUUAUUGGCGACGAAUAUCAACGUAGAAACAACAUGGAGCCUGAUGAGACUACGUUGAAUCCAGAUGUCAUUGACAAGAGACCCCAAAGUUCUACGCCUCCGCUGCGGAUGAACGUGGAAGACGCCGCAGCAGCAGACAUUUUCCGCAACCACCGUCGCCUUGUUGGUUGGGUCCUCGAGAAUGAUGGAUACUUGCACCCGCACGCUCAGAUCGCCUUCAGCUCGCGCAACGGCUACCAUGCUGUAGUCGCUGAUGGACAAUCUCUUGUGAGCGGGACGCGUAUCGCCAGUUGCCCGAUGCCAAUCACACUAUCAGUGCUUAAUGCCUUCGACAUCACUCCAUUCUCAAAUCAUGGCACGCGCUUUCCGAUGUCUUUCCUAAGGAAGCAGUCGCAGAAACCCGAAUCUCUGCAAGCCUUCUUUUUGAUGGAGCAGCUGAUCCUGGGCGAGAACUCUUGGUGGGCUCCCUACAUUGCUACCUUGCCCACAGUGGAAGACAUCAGCGCGAUGCAAUUCGACGAGGAAGCGGAUGCCAUGUGGCUGGAGGGAACCAAUCUCAAAGGCGGCCUCUCCACGCAAGCUGCCAAAUGGAAAGACAUGUAUCUACAAGGCUCGGCUCAUCUGAGGGGACUGGGCUGGCCCAGUGCGCUGAACGGAUCCUACACAUGGCCUCGUUUUCGCUGGGCGGCCACCAUUUUCGGCAGCCGUUCUUUCACUUCACAGGUUCUCGAUGCAACCCUGCCCGCAGACCUUGCGACCAUCCAUCGCAGCCAACAGCCGUACAACCUCGUCAAGCUCUUUGGAGACCGUUUUGCAGUACUACUUCCACUCCUUGAUCUCCUCAACCACAAACCCGCGGCUCAGAUCGAAUGGCAAGCCCAGUACCAUUUCGUCGGGCUACAGAUUCUCGAAACCUAUGAGUCGGGGCAGCAGCUUUACAACAACUACGGUCCCCGGGACAAUGAGGGUCUCCUGCUGGCAUACGGCUUCACCAUUCCAGGCAACCCGUUCGACCAUUUUGUCGUCAGCAUCAAGGCGCCGCCCGGGUCGCCUUUGGAUGUGGCUCGCCGGGCGUGGAAACAGGACAUCAGAUCAGACAUUGAAAGGAGAUGCUUCAUAUUCAACCACAAACAUCCCGAGUCGACGUCCGCGCUAGUUCUAGAGUCGUCGCUCUUUUCGUUCGAUUUGUUGGACAGUAUUUCCAUCCUGUGCGCCAAUGACCGUGAAAUGCAGAGCAUGACAAUGAGAAACCAGUCGUUGAUGAGCUACUGUCUCACCGACAAGCCCCGGUUCCAAGACCGCCGUAUUAUAUUGGCGACCUUGAGCCAACUUCUGAGAGAAUGCAUUGCGCGCGCUAAAAGGCUGAGGAGCACCGAUCCCCGUCGAACCAUUCCCGGACUGGAGCCUGCCAAUUCGAAACAACAAAAUGCCAAGGUCUACCGCGAGAGCCAGCUGGAGAUUGUCGAAACAGCGGUUGCACUUUGUACCUUCGUGUUGAAAUGCGCCAUCAGUGGGACCGUCGACCCCGAACGGAUGUUGACCACCAUGCAGGACCAAGUUUCACGCUCUGCUUUGGCGAAUCUGAGACUCCUAGGUAAUAGGCACGUUCGGCUUACUCGCCCGUCCGAGCUUCUUAGUCUGGAUGGCAUGAUCGAGAUGAUUCCGAAUUCCGAAGGCGUCCGAAAAUGCUUGGUUAGUUUGAGCCAACAACUUCAGAGCAACGCUCAUGGUGAAGGAUCAAUUGAUACGUCGGGUCCAACGAGCGUCAUCAAAGGUCAACUUGCCGCUACUCUUUCGGCGCUGUACAGCGAAUAUGCUCACGGAGUCAAACUCCCCCAGAGAAUCACGGAGUGGGUCAAACAGCUAGUCACAUGGUAUCCACCGGAUAGCGAGUCCUGGGCAUAUGUACCGACUCCUGGUCCUUGGGAAUCUGGAGAAGAACCACCAGCUGAAUUAAUGAACCUGCUUGCCGCCCGGGCUGCCCUGUCUCCGACAAUAGCGGUGGAGUCGAGCGUCAAACGAUGGCUGAGACCAGAGAGGAUAUGCUGGGGAUGGAAUGUCAUGGAGGAAGAGAAGGUGAUUGUCCCAUCGUAUCUUGCAGAGGCAGAUGCCGAUGGAGCGAGAGAUGGCAUAUCGGUUUUGAUUUAUUGGCAGCAGUACUAGGAACAUUGGGACCAGCUCCAUCCGGCCCUGGAUUCCGAACGACUCUGCCCAGAAGCAUUUGAUGAAUAUUCAAGGGUAAAUAGGUGUUGCUGCUCGCGUGAGCCUGAGUUGUUAUUGCCGAGACUUUGGUAUUUCAGACGACCGAAGCCUUCUCAUGAAUAAGACAUUCAAUAGAUGGUUAUUUCUGCGUAAA